CAGUUUCUUCAGUAUUUGUUCGUUACGCGUCGAGUGCUCAACUUGGCAGCUGACCGUCCCAGUGUGCAGUGCCGCCGCCGAUUUCCGUAUUAAUUAAAUCACAUUUAAUUGAAAACAACACACAUACACACAAAAACACACACACGCACGCACGCACAGUGCAYUGCAUCAGGUGCCAAAGACAAAAUUGCGUCUUAACUGUCACCCAGCAGCCCAUCCUAAUCGCCGUCAAGUGUGCGAGUGAGACUUAAGUGUUGCCAGAUUUUAUAAGCAAAGCGGCAUAAUAGCCACCGUUACACGCGUUCGCUACAAAUUUGCCAAAAAAAAAGUGGGUCUCCCUUAGGCAAAACGAAAAAAAAAAUAAACGGGUAUACAUUUCGUUGCGGCUGCCGCUGCCCGCAGCCUAUAUUGUGUUGUUCCAUGUAUCAUUGUGCACACACACAUACACAUACACACACUCAUGCAUAUGUAUAUAGAAUAGUUUUGUGUUUAUCGUAGAGUGUUCGCGCUGUUCGGCCUGCACCAUUCCAAAAACAAAAACCUGUAAAUUAUGUAAAGACGCGUUUUGGAAUUUCAGUCAACUCAAACGUCCGCAUCUAAAUCAGCAACGACUAUAACACACUAACAACACAGCGCUCUACAACAACAAGGACAACAACGUGAAAGCUUACACUCGUCUCUGAUUGCUUUGGUUUCACUGKGCUACAGGUAAAGGUAAAGCUGGUCAACAUUUGCUGGAACGCACUGAACCUAACUAAAGGGAGACAUCAAGAGACAGAUAUAUACAUCUAGAGUGAGCGAGAGUGAGCGAGUGAGGUGGUGCGUGUGUAGUGAAGCGACAAAGAGAGCUCAAUAAAAACAACAAAAAAAAAGAGAAAAAAACGAGCAAAAAAAACUAAAUUCGAUAAGAAACUGUCGCAGUCGAGUGCAGAGGCAAAAAUUUGCCUUCAGUGUGCCAGAAAAGUGGCCAAAGUGCCGAGUAAUAUGUAAUGGAGCCCCCUUUCGCCAGCGACGGCAACAUGAUGUGAAACAUGGCAAUCGAAUCAGCCAAAGCCAUUUAGAGUCAUCAAUUGGCGAGGUCGCGACCGAGACUGGGGUCCAGGUCCAGGUCCAAGUCCAGCGGGCAGAGGGUCAGACGCAGCGACAAAUACGCAGCGGGACAAAUGCACAGCAUGGCAGCGAAAUGGAGAACCAAAAGCAGCGGCAGUAGCAGCAGCAGCAGCAGAGAGAGUAGCAGAGGCAGAAGCAGAGGAAGCAGCAUCAGCAGCAGCAUCCGGCUGCCAGGAUGGCAGCAGCUGCUUUGGCUCCUGUGCCUCAGCUGCCUGGUCGGCUGGGUGUGGGCGGAUGACUGGUCACAGAGUUGCGCCUCGAACUGCACCUGCAAAUGGACAAAUGGCAAAAAGUCAGCCAUAUGCAGCUCGCUGCAGCUGACGAGCAUACCGAACACGCUGAGCACUGAGCUGCAGGUGCUGGUGCUCAAUGAUAAUCACAUACCAUAUCUGAAUCGGGAGGAGUUCUCUGCGCUGGGUCUGCUCAACCUACAGCGCAUCUAUCUGAAGAAAUCCGAGGUCCAAUACAUACACAAGGAGAGUUUUCGCAACUUGAAGAUACUCGUGGAGAUUGAUCUGUCGGACAAUAAGCUGGAGAUGAUCGACAAGGACACGUUUAUGGGCAACGAUAGACUGCGCAUACUCUACUUGAACGGGAAUCCCCUCAAGCGGCUCUCCGCCUAUCAGUUUCCCAUAUUGCCGCAUCUGCGCACCCUGGACAUGCACGACUGCCUAAUCUCGUACAUAGAUCCCAUGUCGCUGGCAAAUCUCAAUUUGUUGGAGUUUCUCAAUCUGAAGAACAAUCUGCUGGAGAGCCUCAGCGAGUACGUGUUCCAGCACAUGGGCAAUUUGAAGACCCUCUCCCUGGAGGAGAACCCCUGGCAGUGCAAUUGCAAGCUGCGUAAGUUUCGCAACUGGUAUGUGGGCAGCCGGCUGAGCUCCGUGAGCCUGGUGUGCAAGGGGCCGCCGGCGCAGAAGGAUCGCACCUGGGACAGUGUCGACGAUGAGCUCUUUGGCUGCCCGCCCCGCGUGGAGAUCUUCAACAAUGAGGAGGCAACGAACAUCGACAUUGGCAGCAAUACGACAUUCAGCUGCCUGGUCUACGGCGAUCCACUGCCCGAGGUCAGCUGGGAGCUGAAUGGCAAAAUCCUGGACAACGACAACGUGCUCUUCGACACGGAGAGCAUCACGUCCGACAAGCUGUGGAGCAAUCUGACCGUCUUCAAUGUGAGCAGCCUGGAUGCGGGCACCUACGCCUGCACGGGCACCAAUCUGAUCGGAUCGAUGACCCAGAACAUUAGCAUCUAUCUGAGCGAGAUUGUCCAGCAUGUGCUGGUGAAGACGCCGGAGACCUUCUGGUACUUCGGGCUCAUCAUGGGCAUCUUCGGCACCGUCUUCCUGCUCAUUGCCAUCUCGUUCGUGGUCUGCCUGUGCAAGCGCACCACGCGCCAGCAUCGGCAUGCCAACAAGGCGGGCGUCAAGUCGAGUGUCAGCUUCAAUGAUCAGGAGAAGAAGCUGCUGGACUCGAGUGUGACGACGACCACCAAUGACCGCGGCGACAGCUAUGGCAUUGACAACAAUCCCAGCUCGAUCAACAAGACGGACUCCACGCUCGGCUUCAAUCAGAUCGAGAUCCAUGCCGUGGAGGCGCAUCGCACGGGCUUGAGCCAGCAACAGCAGCAGCAACAGCAGCAACAGCAGCACCAGCAACAGCAGCAGCACCAGCAGCAGGGUCAGGCUGGUCAGCAUAUUCGGCAGCAGCUGAUGACCGUCAAGGAUCCCACCUGCGGACUGAUCAGUGUGCCCACCUCAAUGGCCGGCUAUCAGCAUCAGCAUCAACAUCAGCAUCAGCAUCCGCAUCAGCUGCACUCGCAUUCCCAUUCGCACGGCCAUGGCCAGCUGUCGGAGGAGUUUCCACUGAAUGUGGGCGUCUUCCCACCGCCGCCGGAGUUCUGCUCCAAUAUUGUGCCGAAUCCCACCUUUGGCAACAUAUUCAUACGCGUCUCGGUCACCCAGGAUAUGCUCGAUGGCGCCGACAUCAACAUGUAUCCAGAUCUGCUCAACAUACCCAAGCGUCUGCAGGACGUCCAGUGCUCGGCGGAUGGCAGCGGUGCGGGCAGCAGCAGCAGCACCACCGGCGAUGGCCAAACUGUGGCCCAAUUCGCCACGCUGCCGCGGCACACGGCCCGCCGCGGCAUACUGAAGAAGGACUCCUCACUGCAGCCGGGGGCGGCUGCUGCUGCAGCAGCCGGAACAGCUGCCACAAAUCUCUAUCCCCAUGACGAGAUCGUUACGUACAAUCUGGAGGCGGGCGGCUAUCAUUGUGGCGGUGGGGGCAAUGGUGACAUGGAGCUGCCGCUGCCACCACCGCCGCCGCCGCCGGCUGUCACCGCCGUGGUCCAGUGCCACCAUCCAACGGCAACGGCAGCGGCAGCGGCAGCGCCAACCAUGUCCGCAGCGAAUUGCGCGAGCUGUAUCAACAAUGCGCCCACAUCCGCCUGCAGCACCCCGCCCAUUGUGGAGGCGACUCCGUUGCGUGACAGCUCCGCCUAUCCCAAAUACGAUAAUAUGGGACGCCGCAUCACGGCCAGCGGCGGACUGGGCAACUCGACGCUGUCGCUGCCAGACGAGAACGAGACGCUGUUCAGCGAAACGACGGCCGAUGGCAACAUGACAGAGGCGGAGACCACGGCCCAGGAUCAUCAGCAUCAGCUGCAGCAUCAGCAUCAUCAUCAUCAGCUGCAAACGACGGAGCCGGCGCCGGGCAUGGAGAAGGGCAAUACUGGUGCUGGUGCCGGCGAGGGGGCUGGCGAGUUUGUCUCUCUCUAGUAUUACGGCACACAGGUGUAAAGCGCGCCACCUGUCGGCCAAUAGUUUCGUUGCACGCUAGCACCAGCCUGACUGGCUAGCGCCCUCUGUCGGUCAAUAGAUUGUGCUGCAAAACCGAAUAGGAAAAUAAAACUCCACUGUGGCAAUCGUUUUGUUUCAUAUCAGCCAAAUUCUUCUCAAGUAACGUUUUAAUAUAUAUAAUACAAAUAAAAUAACUGAACAAUUAACAAUCUAUUGACUGUCGCAGAGCCAAUCCAAAGCAGAAAGCGCAAAUGCGAAUCCAAGAGCAAUUUAUGUAGAAUCAAAAGAAACCCUUCGAGAAUAUGAGAAUGUUAUGUUAGCAGCGUGUAGAAAUCUAUAAUGAUAUCGUAAAGCUCUCGCAAGUUAAGAACAAGAAAUGCAAAAGAAAUGAAAACAAACUGUAGUCUAAUUAGAUGUAAAAACGAAACACAUAUAGAAUCCAUGGUAACCCAUUCCUAAAUUUUAGAUGCAAUCCACGGAACAGCUUUGCCAUUGGCCCCGCAUGCCAAUUACCAAAUCUAAAUUUGUCAUUUACGGCUGAUUGGCUGAUUGGCGGGGCGAAUGACAAAUGAUGAUUCGAAAUGUUUCCAGUGGUAGUUGUCAUAAAUCGAGCGUAGUUUGUCUAAUUUGGAAAAUCGAAAAAAGACAAU